GUGGAGCGGGUGCCGUGCCCCUACGACGUCCAUCACCGCGUCCCCCGGGCGUCGCUGGAGAAGCACGCCGCGUCCUGCCGGCUCCGCAAGAUGGGCUACUCCGCCGAGGAGGAGGCUGAGAUGUACGACUCCAGCUUUUUCUACGAAAACCUGAAGGUUCCCACCGUCGCCAUGGAUAAAGAUCUACAGUUUCACAUUGUUAAGCAAGCUAGAGCUCAAAGUGCGAAAGAAGGUACAGGCUACAGCGAAGGAUCUUACUCAUUACUGCCUGUAGAAGUUCCUCAAAAUCACAAGCGUUUCACCUGUGACCUGACUCAAGCUGAUCGCCUUGCUCUUUAUGAUUAUGUUGUUGAGGAAACAAAGAAACAGAGGUCUAGAUCCCAAAUAACAGAAAAUGACAGUGAUCUCUUUGUGGAUUUAGCAGCGAAAAUCACCCAAGAUGAUAGUCAGAAAGGUCCAAAGUCCCAUCUUGAAAUUCUGGCUGAAAUGCGAGACUACAAAAGGCGGCGGCAGUCAUACAGGGCUAAGAAUGUUCAUAUAACAAAGAAGUCUUACACGGAGGUGAUUCGGGAUGUGAUUGGUGUGCAUAUGGAAGAACUCAGCAAUCACUGGCAGGAGGAGAAUAGGUUGGAUAAUGCAGAGAUAUGUGAAGGAGGGAAGUCAAAAUCUUCAGGAAGAAAGGAAGACAGGCGGUCAGCUUCAGUGGACUCACGACAGUCUGGAGGAAGCUGUAAGGAUACUGAACGCACCAGACAUAGGAGAGAGACCAGCAGGAGUCCAAAUAAACGAAAAAGGAGUCGCGAAAGAGGCAAAGACAGAGAUUCUCGGAGAAAAAGAGAGAGGGAUGAAGACAAGUACCACAGCCAUAAAAGAAGAAAGUAGAAACAAGAACCUGAUUAUUUUGUUUGUCAGCUGUUCAAAAAAAUUACUUGCAGAGGAACUAUUGUUACUACUGUUGUGCUGGGACAGUAACGCUCUGUACAUAAUAUUGGUGUUGCAUCACAGCUGUGCUUAGAGACAAAAAUGAAAUAGUGUUAAGGUUUGUCAGGAUGGAAGCAGUAUAUAUUAGAAAAUGUGUAAAUCUGUAACACUAAUGCAUCUGUUAAUGAAUUAUAUUGAUCUCUCUCAUCUACUUUAGUCUGAGAAGGCUGAAGAAUGAAAUCUGUGAGAGGCUGUACUAAUCUGCCUUCCUGGCCCAUAGUUAGUGGAUAUAGAACAGAGCUAAUCCCUGGAGUCUAGGAUCAAUUACAAAUGGAAACGGCAUGAAGAGAGCUCCCCUCCUACCCUCCCACCUGACAUUGUCACCUCUGGGAGCAGUGUUCCAGAAAGACAGCACUUCAGAGUUCUCCAACAGGCUAAAAUAUCUUCAGCUGCAGCUAGUGGUAAAAGGACAAUAAUGGGAAAGUUACUGUUCCCAAGCUCAUGCUCAAAGAAAUUUAGGAUCAAUGUCAUCUUGCAAAGAUGAUGAGAAUAUAGCUCACCAAGGACACCUGUAAUAUUGCUGCUCGCUAUUUUCAAACACCAGGUGCAUACCCAUUUCCUUCCAGAAAUAACUAGGAGGAGUUCCCAUCCUGUAGACUAACAUAUAAGUAUUAGAGGUUGAUAAAACAGUAAGACUUAAGACAUGCAGGUACAUAUUAAGGGUGCGGAGGAGGAUUCCACUUAACUUCAGUGAGAUUUUUAUCAUAACAAUUUCUAGUCCUGUUAAUUCCUCACACAGUCUACUACAGCAAGGUCAGUCAUCAUCAGCCAAGCUUGUUACCUCAACGAAGUAAGCAACUAUAAAAGCACAAGCUUGCAGAUCCAUCUUUCCUACAAUACUUUUGUCUGUUUGAUCAAGUUGCCAGGAAACGGCAUUCCAUAUGCUCCUGGUUUUGGCCUUCUCUGUCAAUAGAAUCUCUCCAGUUUUACUGUAGCCACUAGUAUCCUGUCUCUUACCUCAAUCGUUUCUGCAAUUAAGUGUGAUUAUCUGCCACUAAAUACCUUUAGUCUA